UUUCAGCUUAGUGAAGAAAAGGAAGAAUGAACUUUCUGCUCGUUUUGUACGCGUCUGUUGUAUUUGGGUUUUGUGCGUGCGAAUUCCAGUGAACGGAAAAACGUCCACCCAACUUUUCCUGCUGUUGGUCGUCGUGUGAUCCAGCAGGUGGGGAAACACGAGCCGCUGUUUCAUCAGGGAAAAGAACACAGGAAGCGGAUUUAAAAUGAACCGGUUUUCUUCUGAAUUUAAUUUUGCGAAUUGGUGACUGAAAACCAACUAACGUUAUCCAGAACGCGUGCUGAGUAGGUUAACCAGUAGUCAUCAUGGCGUCUUCCUCUGUGAAGGUGGCGGUGCGUGUGCGGCCUUUCAACAGCCGAGAGAUAAACCGAGGAGCUAAGUGUGUGAUUCAGAUGCAGGACAAGAGCACAUGUAUUAUUAAUCCUAAACAACCCAGGGAAGCACCCAAGAACUUCACUUUUGACUAUUCAUACUGGUCGCACAGCUCAGAGGAAGACCCAUCCUUUGCAUCUCAGAGGAAGGUGUAUCAGGACAUCGGCGAAGAGAUGCUGCUUCAUGCUUUCGAGGGCUAUAAUGUGUGUAUUUUUGCUUAUGGGCAGACUGGAGCAGGGAAGUCAUACACAAUGAUGGGAAAACAGGAUCCUGGUCAGCAAGGCAUCAUACCACAAAUGUGUGAGGAUUUGUUCAGACAGACGGCAGACAACACUGACCCUGACCUGUCCUUCUCUGUAGAGGUUUCAUAUAUGGAGAUUUACUGUGAGCGAGUUCGGGACUUGUUGAACCCAAAAAGCAGAGGGGCCUUGAGGGUCAGAGAGCACCCUAUAAUGGGCCCUUAUGUAGAAGACCUCUCCAAAAUGGCGGUUACCAACUACAGUGAUAUUGCAGAUCUCAUGGACACUGGCAACAAAGCCAGGACGGUUGCUGCUACUAAUAUGAACGAGACCAGCAGUCGCUCGCAUGCUGUCUUCACCAUCCUCUUCACACAGCGUCGACAUGAUAACAUGACCAGCCUGGACACUGAGAAGGUGAGCAAGAUCAGCCUGGUUGAUCUGGCAGGAAGUGAGAGAGCAGACUCAUCUGGAGCCAAAGGCAUGAGGUUGAAGGAGGGAGCCAAUAUUAAUAAGUCUCUGACAACACUGGGUAAAGUCAUCUCCGCACUGGCAGACAUGCAUGGCUCAAAGAAGAGACGCUCUGAUUUCAUUCCCUACAGGGAUUCUGUCCUCACAUGGCUAUUGAGAGAAAAUCUAGGUGGAAACUCUCGCACGGCCAUGAUCGCUGCUCUGAGCCCAGCAGAUAUUAAUUAUGAAGAAACACUCAGUACUCUCAGGUAUGCAGACAGAGCUAAGCAGAUAAAGUGUAAUGCUGUCAUUAAUGAGGAUCCAAACGCACGUCUCGUCAGGGAGCUGAAAGAGGAGGUCAACAGACUCAAAGAGCUCCUCCUGUCUCAGGGACUCAGCAACCUCAUCACUGCCUCAGGGUCUGAAACAGGACGCCCAGUUUUGGGAGUAGCAUCAGGUGAGCUCCAUCAGCCCUCUCUCUCAUAUGUACAAUCUACCUCUGAUGCACCAAUGGAGGGUGUGACGCCUACUACUCCCACUACACACAUCAGCAAAGAGGAGGCCACAGAGAGACUCAAGGAAACGGAGAAGAUAAUUGCAGAGUUGAAUGAAACAUGGGAGGAGAAGCUUAGGAAAACAGAGUCAAUACGACAAGACAGGGAGGCACUGCUGGCUGAGAUGGGUGUGUCUGUAAAAGAAGAUGGAGGAACAGUGGGUGUCUUCUCUCCCAAAGGAACGCCCCACCUGGUGAAUCUGAACGAGGAUCCUCUGAUGUCAGAGUGUCUGAUAUAUUAUAUUAAAGAUGGAGUCACCAGGGUUGGUCAGGAAGAUGUGGAUAUCCGUCUUAGCGGUCAGUUUAUAAAGGAGCUGCAUUGCGUCUUUUGCAGUGAAGUCAAUGAGAAUAAUGAAGUGGUGGUGACUUUGGAGCCAUUAGUUGGGGCAGAAACGUACGUCAAUGGAAAACGAAUUACUGAUGGCGUUGUGCUAAAACAAGGUAACCGUAUAGUGAUGGGGAAGAACCAUGUGUUCAGAUUUAACCACCCAGAGCAGGCCCGCUUAGAGAGAGAGCGCAAUGCCACACAGGAGCAGCAGGGGGAGCCAGUGGACUGGAGCUACGCACAGAAAGAAUUGCUGGAGAAACAAGGCAUUGACAUAAAGCAGGAGAUGGAGAAGAGACUGCAGGAUCUGGAGAAUCAGUACCGCAAAGAGAAGGAGGAGGCGGACCAGAUACUGGAACAGCAGAGACUGUAUGCAGACUCAGACAGUGGUGAUGACUCAGAUAAACGGUCCUGUGAGGAGAGCUGGAGACUCAUCUCUUCUCUCAGGGAGAAAUUGCCAGCCAACAAGAUGCAGUCUAUCGUGAAAAAGUGUGGUUUGCCCAGCAGUGGGAAGAGGAAGGAGCCGCUGCGUGUGUAUCAGAUCCCCCAGCGCCGCCGCAUACCUGCCACCCAGGAGUCCAAACACAGACUCAGCUUGGAAGAGCUUCGCACACAGGCUGUUAAAGAGAUCUGCUAUGAGGUGGCGCUUGGAGACUUCAGACACACACGGCAAGAGAUUGAGGCCUUGGCUAUUGUCAGAAUGAAGGAGCUUUGUCGCACAUAUGGCCAAAAAGACCCUCAGGAGAAAGAAAGCUGGAAAAGUGUGGCGAAGGACGUAUGUGAGACUGUGGGCAUUGGAGAAGAGGAGGGAGACAGGGAGGAAAGAACAACGGCAGCUGGAGGAGGAGGGAAUGAGGGAGGAAAGAACGAUAUGGGAGAGCUCAAAGCUCAUAUUGACAAGCUGACUGAUAUACUGCAGGAAGUCAAGUUGCAGAAUAAUAUGAAGGAUGAGGAGAUCCGAUCACUAAGGGAUCGCAUGGUGAAGAUGGAGAAGAUAUUCCCAGUCGAAGUUCAGGGAGAUGGUGAUAACAUUGGGUUGGAUGGAGCCAAAGGCGACAACCUGUCAGCACAAGUCAACAGACGUGAUGAGGAUUCUGGGUACCGGCGGGGGCGCCAUCGCUGGCAGUACCCGGACAAAUACCAUGACCCUAAACGUCGCAAAGGAGCCAGCAAUCAGCCAAACAAUGCCCUCUACCCAGAGUCUCCCUCAGGGCACUCUCAGAACAACCAAUUCAGUAUGGCAUCGCCUCAAUUAUCAAAUCCAUCUUUCAUUUCUCAAGUCCCUCGCAACCCCAAUGGUCCUUUCUUGCCAGGCACUGGGCGCUUCUUGCCGCCUCAAGAGAGGAAGCUACAGUUCCCCUUUAAGAAUAAUCCCCAACAUAGAGGCUUCAUCUGGGGCCCGUCAUCAGGGGGUGAAGGUGGAAAGGACACAUCCGCUCAGUCCAGCGCUGAUAUGGUUCAUACUUUCCAAUCAUCUCCCUCUCCAAACAAGGGCCAGUGGCCAAACAAUCAUCACCAACAACGGCACAAUCAUGGUAACAGAGGCUACGGCAACUGGGGAAACAGGCAACGAUCCAGAAACAGGGGGCGGAAUCCAUUCGAUGGAUAUUUAACCAAUGAACAGGCCGGAAAUAUUGAGCGUAAAGACGGUGGAUCGGUCCAAGGGCAGCACAAGCAGGGUAGAGCACGUUACACCUGGUACAAUCCCAAUUUUACGUCAGACCAGUCUGUUGGAGAAGGAUUUCAACAUAAUUGCAACCAAAGCAGACAAGGUGUCUACAAACACCCCAACUCUCACUACCAUCAACGGCAAAAACAGGACAACCCUCCAGAGAUGAUCCAACAUGGGUCUGAAGGCUACCCCAAUCCACCAUCCAUCCCAGAUUGCAAUAGCACCCCCAUGGAGACCUGAUUUCUUCUGUGGAGAGCAUGGUCAUGUAAAUGGGAGCCAUAACGCUCUUAUUUUAUUGUGCACAGUUCUUGGACAGGACUCUUAGAAACUUUGGACCCUCAGAUAUAUAUAUAUAUAUGUUGUUUUGGUUUGUUGUGGAAGGGUUUUGAGUGCUGGGAGCUUUCAGCAACUGAGAACUGUUUUUAAGAGAAACUCCUUAGUGCAAUAACACCAAUCUGUUUAAAAUAAGACGGAACAUUUUAUGCACCUGGAUUUUGAUGUACAUGUUGCAGUUUCAUACCUGCACCUACAGUGCUUUAUGGGUGAUGUUUUUUUUUAUGUACACACAUCUAUGUCAUUCAGAUGUGUAUAUCUAUCUAUAAGUAGGUUAUGAAUUGAAAGGGUAUGUAUUUGCAAGAGAAUUAAGCUCCUUUUAAUGCACAGAGCACUGCAACAUUGACUUUAUGACCUGAGAAGUGUAUGACCUAUGAAACUAUUUAGCAAUUUUUGUUGGAUUUCACAUGAUUUUAUAUUGUGCCUGCUGAAAAGCCAAAGAAUUACGAUAUAGUAGCCCUCAGGCUUAUAACUUCUUUAGAUGCAUUUUUAUAGUUGACUCUUUUUCUUUCUUUUUUUUUAUCUUGCCACUAAUCUUCUUUUUUCCUUUAUUCUGAGAGGCAUGUUUCAUGAAUUUAAAUAUUUAGGUUUAACAAAAAGAAAUGGGAUAAUAAUACUAAAAACAUUUACAAAGGGACAAAGAGAUAUAAUAUAUCACAAAUAUAUAGUUCACUCAAAAAUUAAAAUUACCCAGUGAUUUACUCGAGCCAUCCUAUGUGUGUAUGACUUUGUUUUUUCAGACAGAUACAUUCUGAGUUAUACGUGACCCUGGACCACAGGGUAACAUAUUUAAAAAUAGUCCUGACUCUUCCAAGCCAAAGGUCUGAAUUCCUUCAGCACUCCGUAGGAACCGACCAGGUUGUUCAGAGGGUGAACAAACAGUGAAAAUAUAGCGGGAGGGUGCAGAAUAAAAAAAAAAAAAAAAAAACAGUCCCACGCAGACCUCUAUUGCAAUCUUUAGAAUGGCAGUGAAUUUUGGUCAAGUUUUUGAAACAAAAUAAAGUGCAUAAAUCCAUCAUAAAGGUGAUGGGGUGGGGGGUAAUAAAGGCCUUCUGAAGUGAAUUGAUGCAUUUGUGUCAGAAAAAUAUCCAUAUUUAAAACUGUAUGAACUGUAAUCUCUAGCUUUUGGCGUUCCAGCGGAUGACGAAACGUAAGCUCCAGUGAGAACAUGCUAGUCUUGUGAGAACCAAAUUUUGUUUACAGCAAAGGAAAACCAGUCUCAUCUUGGCUUAUAUCGAAGUCCUCAAACGUUUUCAUUACAGUACAUCCAUCAUCUGCGCAUAUGACAGUUAGUGGAAACUCUCGAUUAAAGUUUAUAAAGUUAUAAAUAAUGAUAUUUGCGUCAGGAGGUCUUUAUUGUAAAGUAUUUUUUAUAUGAAUACACACAGUUUUUUGGUCUUCAAAAUCUUAAACCCCAUUCACUGCCAUUAUAAAGCUUGGAAAAUCCGGGACAUUUUUGAAUAUAACUCUGUCUAUUCAUCUAAAAAAAAAAAAAAAAAAAAAAACUAAAAUGGCUUAAGGAUGAGUAAAUAAUGGGGUCAUUUUCAUUUUUGGGUGAACAAUCUUCUAAGUGCGAACAGUCUGGGUGCCAAUCUACAAACAAUCGUUUCUCUGCAUUGCGGUAGCAAAUGCCGAGAAAACUCCUCAAUAAAGACACAAUGAUACGGUCUCUUCUAUGUCAAGGUGCAGUCACACUGACAAUGUCUUUCAAUAGAAAAGCGACAUAUAUGAAAGAGGCUGUUGGCAAUGCAAACAAUGUAAGUGAAGUUCAAAUCCCGCUCCAUAUAGCUGUAUACUAAAAAUUGAAUGAACUGAUUUGCUGUCGCUUCAUUCAUCAUUUCGCUUAAUUUGUGGUUUGAUUAUUUUUAGCCAGAAUAAGCAGCAAAGUGGAGCUGCAAAAGUCUGGCUCUGUGACACUACUCAGUCCUCUUCUGCUAUAGACCCUAGUCAUUAGUUAAUGUUUUGCAGGAAUGAAAAUGAGGCUGUGAGGGAAGUGCAGGAUUGUACUGUUUAACAGCAUUCCCUUAGUUUAGUUGUGACGAGACGUCUUUCCAAAAGACUUUUAAUACUGUUUUAUUUUUGAGUUUUGAAAGUGUCCUGAUCUAGGACUUUUAUACGAUGCAUGUGAAGACAGUAAGUCUGUCCCUAACAGCUUUUAUGUUGUCCACUUAACAUUUAUUAUGGGGUCUGUCCUGACUAAGGUCUGCUAUUAGACGGUUUUUUGAUUGCAGAAUAAAUUCUUGCUGGAUUCUUGUGUUGCACCUGGUUAGAAUGUGAUGUUAUUCCCAUUUUGACCACUUGUAAGUUCUCAACUGAUCUACAAUUGGAAAAAUAAAUAAAAAAAAGUACCUUAACUGC